AUGUCGGGCAAAAUUGCAAAGACCCUUGCUCGGCAAAAGGAAAAAAUCGCCGAAGGAAAUUUCUACGAGGCUCACCAGCAACUCCGCGUCAUCACCGCCCGCUAUCUGAAGGCAGGCGACUAUCCUUCCGCCUGCGAUGUGCUGUACAACGGAGCCUUACUGCUUCUACGUGCCGGUCAAGGCGGGUCCGGCGGCGACCUGGCACUCAUGCUCCUGAACGACGUCUAUUCCAAGGGUGAAUGGGCGUGCACCGAUGAGAACAAGAAGCGACUGAUCGAAAUCCUUCGCGCAUUUCCCAAGGGCGAGCCGACUAGGAAAAGAUUCAUCACAGAGGCAGUCAGUUGGUCCAGCCGGUUUGGAGAACUGGAGAGGGGAGACGUGGAGAUCCAUCAUGAGGCGGGGAAGGUGUAUGCGGAAGAAGGAGAAGUGUACGACGCGGAACGACACUUGGUCCUCGGCACACGCGAGUCCGCCCCGAUCCUCGCCUCCCUGCAUUACACUUGGUACAGACUGGACCAGCCGCACCUGGCGCCCAUCUACGCAUCUCGUUCCGUCCUGCCUUAUCUCGUAGUCGGCGAUCUCAGGUCAGCCAAUACAGCACUCAGCACAUUCACGUCGCAUUUGACGGCUUCCAACCCAGCGCUCCUGGCCAUGUCGCAGCCUCUGGAAUCCGGCAAGUCCGGUCUCAGCCUGCGCAUCUUCCCAUCGAUUCCGCUGCUCAAUUUCCUAUCGCUGCUGCUGAUCGCGGCGCAAAAGGGCGAUGCUUCUCUCUUCCGCCAGCUCGCCAAAUAUUAUGCCCCGCACCUCAAAGAUACCGAAGGUCUCUGGAGCGACGCGCUUGCGAACAUCGGCGAGAUCUGGUUUGGCAUCAAGAUUCCCAGACAAGGAGGGAAUCCACUGUUUGAUAUGAUGGGGAGCAUGCUCUUUGGCGGAGGCGGCCCUGCAGCAGGAGCAAAGGGCACGCCCAAGCUUCCACCGGCCAGGAAGGAGAUUGAGAAACCGCCUGCCAUGGAUCUGGAUUGA